GCUUCUUGUCUUGUCAUUUUUCCAGCAUUUAAACAGAAGAUUUCAUAGCCUGGAUGGUCACUUGGAAAAAAGUGAUUCUGGAAUAUGGAUAAAUGGGAUGGACUACAGUGGAAUAUCGCUCGUUACACCCCACCUGCCUGAGUUCAAUGAUUCUAUUGCAGCUACGUGUGAGGAAGGAUCCCCCCUCUGUGGAUUUCCUUGGAUCUUACCCGUGAACAACGUUUUUCGGAAAACAUGGUAUCUUCCUGCACCAGCAAUUGCUCCCCAAAACCCUGUUCGCUUUCAGCUUCUUUCCAAAGAGCCAACACAAUGGGAUUCUACAAAGCUAACCUUUGAAGUAAUAGGUUCAAGCCACAUGGCAUUAUAUCUUCGACUACAUCAAGGUUCAACACUGUCCACUUGGUCUCUUGGAAAUGGAACUCCUAUGGUUAAUAGUUUGAAUGGAGACUACUUUGUGUAUUAUGCACGUGGGCUCCAUGCCAGGCCCUGGCGCUUUUGGAUCGAGCUGAAAGGUUCGGACAAAUCCACGAAAGGAAUGGUCACCCUUGCUAUAGUUAACCAUUAUUUUUUUGGAGAAGAUCAAAAGUCAUCUCUGUUACAUGCUUUACUGGAAAGAUUUCCCAGCUGGAUUUAUCCUUUAAGCUGGACUUCUACCUAUGACCAGUUUAUCUUUUAAUCUAGAAAUUACGCAAAGAUCGAUUAUCUCUCAAUUGUUGGAUGCCACUUCUGUUCAUAGGGAGCUUGAGUGAGUUGGGAAAGAUAGCAUUACUCACAGAAAAAAAAAGCUAUGAGGAAUAAUUUAGUCACAAGUAUAUUUCAAUGGCAGUAUUGGUAAGACCUCUUGGGAAAAGAUGUCUUGUUGUGUUUGUUUAAUGCAAAAAAAAAAAAAAAAAACACCUGUUUCUGCCACUUGAAUAGUCCCUUCACCUGCUGACAUUAUAACAUGAAACUACCUUUUGGAAAGUAGCUUUAGAACAGCUGUUCUUGGGUUUUUGCAAUAAAAGGAGCUUUUGUACUGGAACUACAAGCACAAAAUAACAUACUUUACCGCCUUUAAAUAACACGUGCUGCCUUGUCCUUAAUAUUUUGAUGUGUUCUUACUGACUAAGGAAAUAUUUUGAUUAAGCACUGUUAAGGCUAUCAUGCAGAAUAUGGAGGUGUUAAUGGUGAUUGCUGCAAUAAUGAUACUCGUUUUGAAUGCACUAUGUAAGUAAAGCUCUUUUAAUUAUAAUGCCAACAAACUUGA